GCGGCCGCGCCACCGGCACCACAUAACGUCUCUAGGCCCGUCUUUCGGACGUGCUGUUCCCCUCUGCGAUUUACGUCACAAUCAGAAGUCAAUAGAUAAUCAGCUUGCCGUAUCGAAAGCUAAAGGAAGCGAGAGUACUCCUCUUUUUUUCUUAUGAAAAAAAUAAUAUAUAUCCCGCAUGCUGUGGCCACGUAGAGUCGUAUCAACAACAAGUUAACGACUCGGAUUGCAGGGCCAGAAACACUUUGUAUUAUUAGAUAACACCCAAGAAAGUGACUACUCGCACUCGCCCGAUUAUUCAACUCAGACCGCGCUAUCGUGCAUGGCCCCCCUGCAUUUACAUUGCAUUUCUAGUUUAAAUAAAUAAAUAAAUAAAGACCAUUAAACACGAAGCCAAAGCAUUAUUUUGUUGAUCAGCUGUUGACGUUUCGCGCGGGCCGCAUGCGUCCGCUGGGGCUGGCCGUGCACCGGUACAGCAACCUGCCGUACCAGGGCUGGGAGGUGAAGCCCGACACCAAGUCCGCCACGGCCGGGGCCGCGCCCACGGCGGCCAUCCUCAGCAUCACGGCCGCAGUCGUCAUGGUGGAGCUGUGCAUCAGGGACUCUGAGAUGUGCCUGAACCAGCUCCAGAACGGGCCGAACAACGCACUCCUGGACCUGGUGGGGAAGUUUAUGAAGCCCCGUGAGCUUUUCAAGCUGUUGAGGGGUGGCGGGCUGGACCUGUGCCCCGGGGACGACGCGGGCUGCUACCUCGAGGGCAUGGCGCCCAAGCACAGGCCCACGGAGCGCCACCUCUACCACACCAUGGCGCUGCUCUGCAACACGUACAACUUCACCUGGUCGCGGUGGAACCAGCAGGCCGGCACGCGCAACAUCGUCAUGCAGUUCCGAGAGUACAUCGACCGCAAGAAAGUGGGCAACUACAACAUGCUGUUGGUCACGCCGGCGCAUGCCGCCAUCCUGGAGUGCACGGAAGUGAGCACGCAGUUCAACACCAAGAGUGCAGACGGCCUGCCGUUCUACGCCGACCUGUUCCAUUUAGUGCAAGAUCACUGCUCACUACUGACCAAGACCCGCAUCGAAGAAAUUCCUUUCACAUUUGUCGAGACUAUGUAUGAAGUUCUGCGAACGGUGCGCCUACUUAGUUCGUCGUGAAGGAGAGACGCUGAUUGCAGUGCGACUUUUGUGAAUGAUAAGUCGUUGAAAUUCAGAACAGAACAAACAUGAUUCUAUGCCAAGCUACAUUGUAUUUGUUCUACCUGUAAAAACAUUAAUGUAAACUUAUUGUCAUAACCUUAUUAAAAUACAGUAAAGUAA